CGUACACGUCCAUUCGUAACUAUAGCAACGGCUUUUGCUGAUGAUCUUCUCAAGAUGGCGGACGCAGAGAAUGCUACUGUGCUGCCAGUUCCUACUGAAGCUAAGAAGCGCCGUGCACCUAAAGCUCCAGAGCUUCCUAUUGUGGAGAGAAGAAACUGGCUGAUCCACCAGCACUAUCUGCGCAAAGACUAUGAGACCUGUAAGGUGAUCAUUAAAGAGCAACUCCAGGACACCAAUGGAAUGUGUGAAUAUGCCAUAUAUGUUCAAGCGUUAAUCUUACGUCUUGAGGGGAAGAUCCAGGAGUCCCUGGAGCUGUUUCAGAGCUCCGCCAUCCUUAAUCCCAGCAGCUCAGACAACCUCAAGCAAGUGGCCCGAUCACUAUUUCUUCUUGGAAAGCACAAAGCAGCUAUUGAGUUCUAUCAUGAAGCAGCAAAACUUAAUGAGAAAGACUGGGAGAUCAGUCAUAACCUGGGCAUAUGUUAUUACUUCAUCAAAGAUUUCAAAAAAGCUGAGGAACAUCUAAACGCCGCUCUGCAGACAAAUAAACAUGACAAGACCUUCGUGAUGCUCGGGAAAGUUCAUCUGCUGGCUGGAGACGCUGACAAGGCCAUCGAAGUGUACAAGAGAGCAGUGGAAUUCUCUCCAGAGAACACUGAACUCCUGACCACUCUCGGCCUCCUUUUUUUGCAGCUCGGGAAGUACCAGAAAGCCUUCGAGCAUCUCGGGAAUGCCCUCACUUUUGACCCCAACAAUUAUAAGGCCAUCCUGGCCGCAGGCAGCAUGAUGCAAACGCACGGUGACUUUGAUGUGGCCAUGAACAAGUACAGAGUGGCAGCGUGCGCCGUGCCGGAGAGCCCCCCUCUCUGGAACAACAUUGGCAUGUGCUUCUUUGGCAAGAAGAAGUAUGUGGCGGCCAUUAGCUGCUUGAAGCGCGCUCACUACUUGUCUCCCUUUGACUGGAAAGUGUUGUACAACCUGGGGCUGGUACACCUGACCAUGCAGCAGUACGCCUCAGCUUUCCAUUUCCUCAGCGCAGCCAUUAAUCUGAACCCACGGAUGGGGGAACUCUACAUGUUGCUGGCAGUCGCUUUGACUAAUUUGGAAGACGUAGAGAAUGCCACCAGAGCAUAUGAACAAGCUGCGAAUCUUGAUGACCCCCACAGACCCAACCCCAUGGUCAACCUGAACUUUGCAAUAUUCCUCUAUAAUCAUGGAGACAAGAAGAGAGCUCUGGAUCAAUAUCAGGAGAUGGAAAGGAAAGUCAACCAACUGCGGGAUAGCAGUAGCAACUUUGAGUUUGAUCUGGAGCUGAUGGACAUGGCUCAGAAGAUGGGGGCUGUGCUGCAGGUAACAGAUACUCUGGUUUGGACUAAACCGGGCAAGGACUCCAAAACCAAGCCUCACUCUGCAGCAGCAGCCAAAACCCCGGGAGCUCCUCUCGGCACCAACCAAGCUCUGGGUCAGGCCAUGUCUUCAGCUGCCAGCUACAACAAGAACAUCCAGUUAACAACAGGCGUUUCCAAAGGCCCUUCCACAUCUCUCGAGCCAGAGCCUGAUGCAGAGAACGCCCCCAGCUCACUGACUGACCCUCCAGGCUGCCCAGAACCUGAAGAUCCAGACGGGUCCAAACCCAGAACCUCUAAGAGGAGAUCCAAGGUGGAAGAAUGAAGACAUAUUGCGGCCGCGGUACUACAUGUGUCUCAUUAUACGUUUUUAAUGUUACUGUAGUCAGAUUUAAAGUGUUAGGCACAGAAAUCCACUACUUACUUUACAGCUAAAAAAAAAAAACAGGGUAAUUUUUCAUAUUUGGAACAGUUCAUCAGACCGAUUGGUGCAAUAAUGUCCAGCAGAUUUCUUAGUUUAACUAUGUUUCUAUUCAGCCAAGAAACAGUAGGAGCCUUUGUGAAGUGGCCCGUGUCGAGAUAUUUCAAUUUAGCUUAUUUGAUCCUUUCAGUUUUAUUCGCUAUUAGCUGAAAGGACCAAUUUUCCUUGUAUUGGCUUAAAAUCCACUGCAGGUGAAGGAAACGCUGUGACAAUCUGAACUCGAGCCAAGAUGGGGCAGACAGAGCGAAGCUUUUGAACAUUUGUAUCAUAUGACUUUAUUGCAAACCACUGUACUUGCUUUCAUGCGUGGAUAACUGUUAUGUUUCUAAUGAAUAAAGUAUUUAACAUUAGAUAAA